AUGGUGUUGCCGUCGCCGGUUCCCCUGGCAACCCGGUCCCUGCCUGACCCGGCAGGCGUCCAGGUCGUGCGUCUGCCUGACGGCUCGUCGGUCAAGCGCUUGCCGGGCGAUGACGGUGCUACGGCCACCUCGGCCGCUCGCGUCGCGACCGCAGCCGCGCCGGCCGGGGCGAAGAUCGUCCAGAACGGCAAUGUGCUGAUGCUCGCGGGGCGCGAGGAGGCGGCCACCGCGUCGCUCUCUGCCGUGCCGGUGGCGCUGGUGGCCCGUCAGUGGUCGACGUCCAGCGCCGCGACGCUGAUGACCUGGCCUGCCAUGCGGGCGCCCUCGAUCAGCAGCGGCAGCGCGAACUCGGCAUGGCGGCGGUUGUGCAGGCCGGUCAGCACGUCCUCGUGCGGCGGCGCGGUCCAGCGCCAUUGCAUGCUCGCGCAGGCGCUGCUGCUCGCUCUCCAGGUGCGCUGCGCGGGCGCGCUCGCGGCGGGCGUCGGCUGCGGCACUGUCGGCACGCGCCUGGGCCUGCUCGACCUGGUCGCGGAUCAGGAUGACCUCGGUCUGCAGCACCAGGUUGUCGCGGGCGAUCUGGCGAUCCAGCGCGACGACCUCCUCCAGCCAGUGCAGCGCCUGGCGGUACUGGCCGCAGACCUUGUGCGUCUCGUACAGGCUGCGCAGCAGCAGGCGGCGCAGCUGCGGUGGCGGCUCGUUGCUGCCGUUGAGCAGCGCCUCCAGCAUGAGCGCCGCGCGCACCGGCUCGCCCUUGCGGCUCAGGAAGAUCGCACGCUGCACGUCGGCCUCGAUGGCGAGGCUGCGGUAGCCGUUGUCGUGGGCGAUGUGGCCGAACUCGUUGAGCAGGGGCAGCGCGUCGUCGAGCAGGUCGCCCGCGAGCAGCGCGUUGACGAGGUUGGACAACGCGACCGCCACCUGGAAGGGGCUGCCGGACUCGCGUGCCAGGUCAGCCGCGCGUUCGGCGGUGCGGCGGGCAUUGGCCAGUGCGGCGGCGAGCAUCGGGCUGUCGCCGCCGAGCGCCUUGACCUCGUCCACGCGGCGCAGCCAGAAGUAGGCGAGGUUGUUGCAGCAGGAAAAGCGCACCUCGGGCGAGUCGCCCAGGGCGGCGACCUCCAUGGCCUGCUGCACCGAGGCGCAGGCUUGGGUCGGGUUGUCCAGGCUGCUGUACGCGGCGGCCACGCGGUUCAGCGCCCAGGCUUCGCGCACCGGGUGGCGCCCGAGACGCGCACCUACAGCCUGCUCGGCAAGGUCACGGCGCUGCUGCCGCAGGACUGGACGUUGUCGGUGGCCGCCUCCGUGCUGGGCAGCCGCGCGACCCAGGUCGGGCUGCUCAACUGGGUGUCGCCCGAGGGCGGCAUCACGACCUUCAACUUCGGGCCCAACCGCCAGAACCCGCAGCCGACGGUGCUCAACGGCACCAAUGUCAUCGACCCGGCCACCGGCAGCCCGGUGGACCACGAGUUCAGCGACCUGCCCGCCCAGCGCUCGCAGACGUCCACGCAGUCGCAGCGCCUGGUGGCCGAGCUGUCCGGCACCGUGGCCGGCUGGGACCUGAAUGCCACGCUCGGCCUCACCCGCGUGGCGACCGACCUGACGCUGAAGAACUUCGUCAGCCUGCCCGCGCUGCAGGCCGCACUCAACAGCGGCAAGUACGUGAUCGGCGGCAGCAAUCCGCCGAGCGUGCUCUCGAGCCUCACGCCGGAAGGCCGGUCCACCUCCACCAACACGCUCAACUUCGUGUCGCUGCGCGCCAGCCGCGACCUGAUGAAGCUCGGCGGUGGCAACCUCGCGCUCGGCACCGGUGUGGAGUUCACCAAGCGUUCGCUGGACGAGCGCUUCCCCGAGGGCUUCUCCAGCGGUGCGCAGGCCAGCAACAUCUACGCUUUCGGCGUGGGCAAGCAGACCAUCACCGCGGCCUAUGUGGAGCUCGCGGCCCCACUGACGAAGCAACUGGAGAUCGACGCGGCGGCGCGCAUCGACCACUACGACACCUACGGCUCCUCCGUCACGCCCAAGGUCGGCAUCAAGUACGUGCCGGUGAAGGAACUGACGCUGCGCGGCACCUAUGCCGGCGGCUUCCGGGCGCCGAACCCGGUCGAGAUCGGCACCAGCGGGUCGAGCGCCGGCUACCUGCCGCCGCUCGUGGACACCGCGCUGUGCAACUUCGUCAAGCCCGGCCAGCCCUGCGACAUCGGCGUGGGCGGCACGCAGCUGCAGCUGCCGGGCAAGGACCUGCGGCCGGAGAAGUCGCGCUCGAUGACGAUCGGCUUCAUCUUCGAGCCGGUGCCGACGAUGAACAUCUCGGUGGACUACUACGACAUCCGCAUCCGCAACCAGAUCGUCUCGGUGGGCCUGUUCGGCCAGGGCCAGAUCGACACGCCCGAGGCCUACGGCACCAAGCUCUACCGCGUGAACAGCCCGACCACGCCGAACGCCGCGCCGACGAGCGCCGACGACACCAUCCUCUACGGCACCUACCCCUUCAUCAACCUCGGCAGCGCCCGCACCAGCGGCGUGGACGUGGACCUGCGCAUGAAGCUCAAUGCCGGCGCCUGGGGCGAGUUCACGCCGCAGCUGCAGUGGUCGCACAUGAUCCGCUACACGAUCGACCGCGGCCCGGGCCAGGUCUACGAGAUGGCCGGCACGCACGGGCCGAGCUUCGUCUCCACCAACACCGGCACGCCCAAGGACCGCGCCUCCCUGGGCCUGGCCUGGGCGCGCGGCCCGGUGGAGUUGAGCGGCACGCUGAACUACAUCAGCGGCAUGAAGGUCGAGGACAGCAGCUACAACCUGCCCGACUGUGCGUCGGCGCUGUCGACGAUCUUCCCGAACGGCUUGCCGGCCGGCGGCUCGCCGCUGUGCCGCGUGCCGUCAUUCACGACGUUCAAUCUCAACGCGAGCUGGCAACUGACGCCAGGUCUCACGCUGCGCGCCUCGGUCACGAACCUGUUCGACCGGGCGGCCCCGAUCGACGCUUUCGCCUCGGGCUCGACGGGCGGCGGCGUGUCAUCGGGCGGCGCGCACUACAACCCGUCGCUGCACCAGGAGGGCGCGGUCGGCCGCUACCUGACGGUCGGCGCGAGCUGGCGGUUCUGA